AUGGCUGUUUCGAGCGAUGCAGAAGCACCGACGUCAGCAGAUUCUAGCACCAAACGCCGCAACGGGGGUUGGAUCACCUUCCCGUUUAUGAUAGCUACGUUGUUAUUCCUGUCAAUAGCUGUGUUGGGUUGGUUAUUUAACCUGAUCGUCUUCUUAAUUGAGGAAUUCAACAUGAAGAGUAUUGCGGCUGCUCAGAUUACAACCAUAGUUAGUGGUUGUACUUUUCUGUUUCCAGUUGUUGGAGCCAUAGCAGCAGACUCUUUCUUUGGAACCAUUCCUGUUAUCUCUGUGUCUGCUUUCAUUUCUUUAAUGGGCGUUUGUCUGCCGACUCUAAUCGUAUCAGUUGACUCUUUGAGACCCAAAUCAUGCGAGACCGGGUCAAGCCUAUGUGAGCCCCCCUCAAAAAUGCAGCUCGGGUUCCUUUACUUAGCCAUUACUCUAGCCUGUGUUGGAGCAGGUGGAAGCAGGUUCACCUUGGCCACUGCUGGUGCUAAUCAGUAUAAGAAAACUAAAGACCAAGGCAGUUUUUUCAACUGGUUCUUCUUCACAUGGUAUUUUGCCGCUGCUGUAAGUACAACUGCCAUUGUCUACGCAGAAGAAAACAUCAGCUGGACUUUCGGGUUUGGUCUCUGCUUAGCUGCUAAUAUAUUAGGCUUUUUUGUUUUCCUCUCUGGGAAAAGAUUCUAUAAACAUGACAAGCCCUUGGGAAGUCCGUUUACAAGUCUACUUCGCGUAGUUUUCGCAGCAGUACACAAAAGAAAAGCUGUAAUUUCCACUGACGAGAAAGACUAUCACUGUGAAUCAAAGGCAGCAGCAGCACCCACAAAGAGUUUCAGGUUCUUUAACCGUGCAGCGCUGAAACAAGAAAAUGAGGUUAAACCAGACGGUACAAUUAGCAAACCAUGGAGACUAUGCAGUGUUCAGCAAGUGGAAGAUUUCAAAGCGGUCAUCAGAAUAAUUCCUCUUGCGUUAGCCAUAAUAUUCUUGAGCACUCCAAUUGCAACACAACUAAGCCUAACAGUUCUUCAGGGUCUAGUAAUGGACCGAAGUCUUGGUCCUAAGUUCGAAAUACCAGCAGGCUCACUCCAAGUUGUAACACUUCUCGCUACAUGCUCUUUUAUCAUAGUGAACGAUAGGUUUCUCUACCCAUUGUACCAAAAGCUAACCGGAAAGUUUCCCACACCGAUUCAAAGGGUGGGAGUAGGCCAUGUUCUCAACAUAAUAAGCAUGGCCUUGACUGCCAUAGUUGAAGCAAAGAGAUUGAAGAUAGUAGAGAAGGGUCAUUUUCUUGAAUCAUCAUCAUCAGUUGCUAACAUGUCAGCCUUAUGGUUGUUUCCUUCACUAGUCAUAGUAGGCAUUGGAGAGGCAUUUCACUUCCCAGGGAAUGUAGCUUUGUGCUAUCAAGAGUUCCCAGAGUCUAUGAAGAACACGGCGACGUCGAUAACCUCGGUGGUGAUUGGGAUAUGUUUUUACACAAGUAGUGCUCUAAUAGAUGUGAUUCAGAGGACAACCGAUUGGUUACCAGAUGACAUAAACCAUGGAAGAGUUGACAAUGUUUAUUGGGUUUUAGUUAUUGUAGGAGUGUUGAAUCUUGGCUAUUUCCUUGUGUGUUCUUGGGUUUACAAAUACAGAAACCUUGAGGAUGAUGAUGAUGCUGUCGUCUCUCCUCCAUGAUCUCAAAGAGCUUUGUCCCAUGUUAUGUCAUCUGUAUUUUAAGACCUUUGUCCGAA